AUGUUUGUUGAGGUCCACAGGGACCCUCCUUGCGAUGCUCCCGGGGACUAUGUUUGGGCAGUUGUCUUAGGAGUCAUUGACCGCAUAGACGGACAAGAACCUGGCAUCGACUUCGGGCUGGAACGCAUUGUGCAGCACGAAUUUGUCGGCGACACCAAAGAUGGAGGUCUGGCAUGCUGCUUAGAUCAGAUUGAUGGACAUUUGGUCCCGUUCCUGCUGCAAGGACCCGACGGAGUUAAAGUCGACGGGCCUGCCGCAGAGCUUUUCAAAAAGCUGCAGCAGGAUGGUCCUGAUGACUCCAAGACACACCGAGAAAGAGCCAUGAAGGAAACAGAGACUCUAGAUGAAUUGUCCGCAGGAUGUCAUUGUGGGGGAGUGAACUUCAGCGUCACCCGUCCAAACAUGGCCUCGAAAGAGUGCUCGUCUCCCUGGCCUGAUUUGAUUGCUCCGUAUCAUUCGUCAAGCUCGGAGAAUCGCGAGGACAUCAAAUGGUGGCUCCGUGAGAACGACACGAAAUAUCUCGCAGGCACGUGUGCAUGUAGGUCUUGCAGACUGGGUUCUGGCUCUCCCAUUCAAGCAUGGACAUUCAUUCCGAAAGCAAACAUAUUGCAGUCUGAUGGCAAGCCGCUGAACUAUGACAUGGGGAGUCUCCGACGGAUUGAAAGUUCUACUGGAAGCUACCGGGAAUUCUGCAGCACAUGCGGUGCUACAGUGUUUUGGCAUUGUCUCGAGAGGCCAGACCUGGUCGACGUCAGUGUGGGACUUUUACGAGCACCGGAAGGCGCCAGAGCGUCAAGCUGGUUGGACUGGUGGACGGAGAGAGUGAGUUUCAAGGAGGAAGCUUUCGACAAGAAGCUCAUAAAUCAUCUUGAGGAAGGAUUGCAGAACAUCAGACGCAAGGGGUAG